AUGCGCUUCUCACCAUCACAAGUUGUAUUUGCAUUGGCGCUGAUUGACUCCGCUCGCGGUAGCCACAAGCCACGAGGUGACUUGGACAUUCUCGCAGGACAGCAUGUCAUCUACUCGUGGGAUUAUACCUUGCCGGGACCUCCGGAAGAACUCUACAACCUGACAAGAGACGGACUGGUCGGCGGUGUGCUUCUUUACGAUGUGCACGUAAACAAGGAUACGCCGGCGGCCCUUGCCAAGCUGCAAGCCGCGUACAAGGCAUCACCAGCGUACAGACUCCUGCGCAAGCAAUCGGGCAAGGAGACGUCCCUUCUCAUCAUGACCAACGAAGAAGGCGGCACGGUCUUCAACGGCGUGAUCGACGGUGGUCCCCCACUAUCGGCAAAGGAGAUCGGAGCUUCGCCCAACCCAUCCGUCACUGGCUGGCAGGCCGGCGUCCAGGCGGCCAAGGCUUUGAAGAGCUACAACUUCAACAUGGACCUCGCGCCGGUGCUGGGUGUGUAUCGCCAGGAAGACAAUUUCCUCGACGCCGGCAACCGCUCGUACGGGAAUACGCCGCAAAAAGUGAUUGAUGCGGCCAUGCCGUUCAUCAAGGCACAGCGUGCCAGAAACAUUCUCGUCUCGGCCAAGCACUUUCCAGGUUUGGGCGCCGCCGCAAGGGAUCAAAAUACAGACAUAGCACCUGUGGCGCUUGACGUGACGCUUGAAGACCUCGAGAACAUUGAUUUGCGCCCGUUUACCGCCGCUAUUUGCGCGGGCGUCGACUUGAUCAUGCCGUCGUGGGCCGUCUAUCCGGCUGUGGACAGCAGCCUGCCUGCAGGCCUCAGCCCAAAGUGGAUGAAGGGGAUACUGCGCGACAGACUCGGCUUCCGCGGCGUCACCAUCACAGAGGCAAUGGAGGCAGGCGCCAUUUUACUGUAUGGUGAUGUGGAAAAAAGGGCUAGAAUCGCAGUAGCGGCAGGCAACGACCUCAUUCUCGCAAGUCAGCUCAAUGUCACUGAAGGCGUGGCUAUUCGAAACGCAUUGGUCGCUGGGCUGAGAAGUGGAAGACUUAACAGGGAUGAGUUUGACAGGGCGACGGAUAGAAUUAUUUUGCUUGCCGCAAUAUCUUUGUGGUACUAG